CGGAGGAGUGAGAGAAGAGAGAAGAGGAAGGAGAGCUAAGGUGUAUUCAGUCCCCGGGACUCUGGGGCCAGCCUCUCUGACUGUGCUCCCUGUCCUAGCAGGCUAGCAGGCUGCCAGUGUGACCUCACCUUCUCGGUGUUCAGCUAUGAGUACCUGCAACUUCACACAUGCCACCUUUGUACUUAUUGGUAUCCCAGGACUAGAAGCAGCUCAAUUCUGGAUUGGUUUCCCCCUUCUUUCUAUGUAUGCUGUGGCAUUGUUUGGAAAUUGCAUCGUGGUCUUCAUCGUAAGGAUGGAGGGCAGCCUCCACGCUCCCAUGUACCUCUUUCUCUGCAUGCUGGCAGCCAUCGACCUGGCCUUGUCCACAUCCACCAUGCCCAAGAUCCUCGCCCUCUUCUGGUUUGACUCCCGGGAGAUCACCUUUGAUGCCUGUAUGACCCAGAUGUUCUUUAUUCACGCUCUCUCAGCCAUCGAGUCCACCAUCCUACUGGCCAUGGCCUUUGACCGUUACGUAGCAAUCUGCCACCCGCUGCGCCAUGCCGCAGUGCUCAACAACACAGUGACAGCCCAGAUUGGCCUGGUGGCUGUGGUCCGCGGAUCCCUCUUCUUCAUCCCACUGCCUCUGCUCAUCAAACGGCUAGCCUUCUGCCAAUCCAACGUGCUCUCGCAUUCCUAUUGCGUGCACCAGGAUGUAAUGAAGUUGGCCUAUGCAGACACAUUGCCCAAUGUGGUCUAUGGUCUUACUGCCAUUCUGCUGGUCAUGGGUGUGGAUGCCCUGUUCAUCUCUUUGUCCUAUUUUCUGAUUAUACGAACAGUUCUACAACUGCCUUCCAGGUUGGAGCGGGCCAAGGCCUUUGGAACCUGUGUGUCACACAUUGGUGUGGUGCUGGCCUUCUAUGUGCCUCUCAUCAGCCUCUCAGUGGUGCAUCGCUUUGGGAACAGCCUUCAUCCCAUUGUGCAUGUUCUCAUGGGUGAUGUCUACCUACUUCUGCCUCCUGUCAUCAAUCCCAUCAUUUAUGGUGCCAAGACCAAACAGAUCAGAACUCGGGUGCUAGCUAUGUUUAAGAUCAGCUGUGACAGGGAGUUUCAGCCUGUGGGAGGCAAGUGA